AUGCCACACCGGUCCAAGCGAGGGCGACCUUGGGCCACUGUCCGCCGGUCGCCGGAAGUUCAUAUCACACAGUUAUCGAAUUUGGUCCCAGUAGGUAAGAUGGAGGGCUAUCAGCUGCACUCUGUGAGGUCGGCCUCUGUCAACGUGUUCAGCGUGUUGACCACUCUGGCCGUGUUCUUCAGCAUCGUGUAUGUGGCGCUGUUCAAGUGGAGGCGUCGUCGUUUGGAGAAGCUGGCCUCACAGCUGCCGGGCCCGCCCGCCCUUCCUGUCAUCGGCAACGGCCUCGAGUUCUUGGGAGAUCCAGAAGAGGUGAUGGCCAAGAUACUCGCGCUCUGUAGCAGGUACGAGUCGCCAUUCCGCAUCUGGAUAGGUCCCAUCCUGCUCAUUGUGGUCAGCCGUCCGGACGACCUCCAGAUCGUGUUGAACAGCUCCAAGACAUUGGAGAAGGAUCCACUCUACAGGUUCUUCAGGAACACUGUGGGCACAGGAUUAUUCUCAGCUCCUGUGGAUAAAUGGAAGCGGAACAGACGAGCGAUUACCCCAGCCUUCAAUACCCGCUUGCUGGAACAGUUUGUGCCGGUGUUCAACCAGCAGAACCGUGUGCUAGUGGCCAAGCUGGGCGAGAGGGUGGGCCAUGGGCUUUUCGACGUCUGGGACUACGUCAGUCCUGCUACUUUAGACAUUAUCUGUCAGACAGCCCUGGGGGUGGACGUCAAGGCUCAGGACGACCCAGAGUCUGACUUCGCACAAGCCUUACCGAGAGCGUCAGAGCUGGACUACAUGAGAAUAUACAAGUUCUGGCUUCAUCCUGACUUCAUCUUCAAUAGAGUGAGUUACGCAAAGGAGCUUCGACAAGUCUAUAAGCAGUUGCAUGGGCUUCCUAAUGCGGUUAUUCAACAGAAGAAAGAAGAAUUUCGAAAGAAAAAAGAAGCAGCCUUGAACAGUCCUCAACAUGUAGAAGAAUCGGAUAGCAAAGGCGAGAAAGGAUUGAAAGUGUUCCUGGACAUUCUGCUGGAACUGAAAGACGGAGGAAACACAUUCACGGACGAUGACUUGAGGGAUGAAGUUGUCACAAUGAUGGUGGGGGGAAGCGAAACCAGCGCGCUGACUAACUGUUUCUGUCUUCUGAUGCUGGCAAUGCACGAGGAUAUCCAAGAUAAAGUAUUUGAAGAAGUAUACAACAUUUUUGGAAACUCUAGCAGAGAGGUCACAAUGGAAGAUCUGAACCAGAUGGUGUACCUCGAGAUGGUUUUGAAAGAAACUCUUCGCAGGUUCCCUGUUGGACCACUUUUCCUUCGCCAAGUCAAAGAGGACAUUGAACUGACAAAUUAUAUUCUGCCUGCUGGAUGCAGUGUAGUCAUCGCCCCUAUAGCAACUCACAUGAACCCUACCCUCUACACUGACCCUGAGAGGUUCAACCCCGAACGUUUUAGCCCAGAGAAUCUCAGCAUGAGGCAUCGUUACAGCUUCAUCCCCUUCAGUGGUGGACCUAGGGGUUGUAUAGGUUCAAAAUACGCAAUGUUGUCCAUGAAGACAACCAUCUCCACAAUACUGAGGAACUACAAACUAUCCACGUCUGUCAAAAUGGAGGACAUCAAACUGAAAGUUGACUUGUUGAUGAGAAGUGUAGAUGGCUUCAGACUGAGACUGGAGCCGAGACAAUACUCAUGACACUCAUGAGAACCAAUUUUCUGUAUAUAGUAGACUCUAGAGUAGUCCUACAAGAGUUUUACGACAGAUUUAGAUUGUACUGUAUAUUGUAAAAUAUUUUAGUAUUAGAAUUAGGUAAAUUAUUUUAUAUUUACAAUACUUGUAAUUUCGCAUAUCAUAAUUUUAUGAAUGGACGCCAAAUUUAUGUUUUGGCGAUAACGAGAUAACAUCAUCUAGAUGACACUGAAACUUUUAGUGAAUGUGAUAUCAAUGCAUUAUAAACUUAACAUUUAAUGGAGGGCCAAAAAGACAAAAUUUCACACAACUUUUUGUUUGUAAACACAAGUUUUUUUAAUAUUCUUAAAUAAUACUAUUUAUUUAUAAUCU